GUUUAAUGUUUACACUUGUCAAACAUGGCGUCUUCACCUCGGAUAGACGAACAGAACGUGAAUUGCGACGGUUCCGGUGCCCCGAGAGCUCGCCAGUGGGUAAAAUUAAAUGUAGGAGGGACACAUUUCCUCACCACAAGAACCACAUUAUGUCGGGAUCCUAAUUCCUUCCUCUGUCGACUCGUUCAAGAGGAUCCCGAACUCCACACAGACAAGGAUGAAACUGGUGCCUACUUAAUAGACAGGGAUCCCACAUAUUUUGGGCCGGUGCUGAAUUACUUACGACACGGGAAAUUAGUUAUGAAUAAAGAUUUAGCGGAGGAAGGUGUACUAGAAGAAGCAGAAUUUUACAACAUCACAGACUUGAUUAGGUUAGUGAAGGAGCAUAUAAAUCAGAGAGAUAACAGGCCACCGAAGGCAGGAAAGAAGCACAUGUAUCGAGUCCUUCAGUGCCAUGAAAAUGAGUUAACUCAACUUGUUUCAACAAUGUCAGAUGGAUGGAAGUUUGAACAACUAAUAAAUAUUGGGUCUCAGUACAGCUAUGGUAGUGAAGAUCAUACAGAGUUCCUGUGCGUUGUGUCCCGAGAGUAUUCCUCUUCACCGGGGACCCAUACGUGUUCUACAGACCGGCCUGACCAUCUGGAUCUGCACAACUCCAAGGACUCAUCCAUACUGCAGGAGGAAGAAGAGAUUGAGAGAGAUGACUAGUGAAAGCCAGAUCUAAGUAGAGCACCCAAGGAAGCUUAGGUCCAUUAGGAUGAAAACUAUAGUUCCUGUUGCAGUGUCAAUCCAGAGUGUUGUCAGUUGCAUACUAAAGUAUAAGGAGGGCAUUAUCUGUUGUCCAUCUGUGAUUUGUGUAAAGUGCUCUCAAAUGGUACACUUGUUUGGAUAUGACGUCUGUUGUGAAUACCUGUUUAAUUUGUAAAUCUGCCUGUAAGCUUCAGUUUUACUUGAUGUUUUUUUAUGUAUAUUCUCUUCAUUUUGCCAUAGGACUGAUACAGUUACAAGGAAAGUAGGAAGGAAGAAAAGAAUGGCUUGAAAAAAGUUGCAUCUUGAAAUUGUUGAAAUUACAUCUUUAUAUUUUUUGAUAAAG